GUGGCUCUGGCGCUCCGCAUCCACCAUCUGCGGCAGCAGGGGCUGGCGGCCCAGGCCCCUGCCCAGCCUCUUCCUUCAACUCCAUGUCUCAGUCCUAACCUGGCUGCCCUCCUAGUCAGGGGACAUUUUUCGGUGUCCCUUGCCCACCCAGCCCGACUCGGACACCAUGGCCAUGAAUGACCAGUAUCACCGGGCCGCCAGGGAUGGCUACUUGGAGCUCCUCAAGGAGGCCACCCGGAAGGAGCUGAAUGCCCCCGACGAGGAUGGCAUGACUCCCACCCUCUGGGCCGCCUACCAUGGCAACCUGGAGUCGCUGCGCCUCAUUGUGAGCCGGGGGGGCGACCCGGAUAAGUGCGACAUCUGGGGAAACACACCCUUGCAUCUGGCUGCUUCCAAUGGCCACCUGCACUGCCUGUCCUUCCUUGUGUCCUUCGGGGCCAACAUCUGGUGCCUGGAUAAUGACUACCACACGCCGCUGGAUAUGGCUGCUAUGAAGGGCCACAUGGAGUGUGUGCGCUAUCUGGAUUCCAUCGCGGCCAAGCAGAGCAGCCUCAACCCUAAGCUGGUGGGCAAGCUGAAGGACAAGGCCUUCCGCGAGGCGGAGCGGCGCAUCCGCGAGUGCGCCAAGAUGCAGCGCAAGCACCACGAACGAAUGGAGCGGCGCUACCGGCGCGAGCUGGCCGAGCGCUCCGACACGCUCAGCUUCUCCAGCCUCACGUCCAGCACCCUGAGCCGCCGGCUGCAGCACCUGACGCUGGGCAGCCAGCUGCCCUACUCGCAGGCCACGCUGCACGGCACGGCCAAGGGCAAGGCCAAGAUCCAGAAGAAGCUAGAAAGGCGCAAACAGGGGGGCGAGGGCACCUUCAAGGUCUCUGAGGACGGACGCAAAAGCGUCAGAUCGCUCUCCGGCCUGCAGCUGGGUAGCGAUGUGAUGUUUGUGCGCCAGGGCACCUAUGCCAACCCCAAGGAGUGGGGCCGCGCCCCACUCAGGGACAUGUUCCUCUCGGACGAGGACAGCGUCUCUCGUGCCACGCUGGCUGCCGAGCCUGCCCACUCGGAGGUCAGCACCGACUCAGGCCACGACUCCUUGUUUACCCGUCCCGGCCUGGGUACCAUGGUGUUUCGAAGGAACUAUUUGAGCAGCGGGCUGCACGGGCUGGGCCGAGAGGACGGGGGCUUGGACGGGGCAGGCACGCCAAGAGGUCGGCUGCAGAGUUCCCCUAGCCUGGACGACGACAGCCUGGGCAGUGCCAACAGCUUGCAGGACCGCAGUUGCGGGGAGGAGUUGCCCUGGGAUGAGCUGGACUUGGGCUUGGAUGAGGACCUGGAGCCUGAGACCAGCCCCUUGGAGACCUUCCUGGCUUCACUGCAUAUGGAGGACUUCGCCUCCCUCCUGCGGCAGGAGAAGAUUGACUUGGAGGCCCUGAUGCUGUGCUCUGAUCUCGACCUCCGCAGUAUCAGCGUGCCCCUGGGGCCUCGGAAGAAGAUCAUGGGGGCCGUGAGGAGGCGCAGGCAGGCGCUGGAGAGACCCCCGGCCCUAGAGGACACAGAGCUGUGA